GUUACACUGAUGCGCGUGGGGUGGUCGCCACACGAGACAGUCUCGUACUGUGCUGGUUGCCAACGCUUUUACCACUAAAAAAAUGCACAUCUAGUAUCUAUCUCCUAUCAGUACGAGUUCAUCCGUUGAGCAUGGCGCCCUAUCUUUCGGUGUUACUUUCUAUCCCCAAGGGCCGAGACGUAUCGAAUGAUACUACAGUACGAUGGUUGGAGGCGUCGUUUUCCGCGGCAUGGCAGACGUUGGGAAAGAUAAGAAAGAAUAUAUGAAAUAGUGAUUGACGGCCUCUGUUGUAGAGAUGCAUGGGAAUUCGCUCUUCCUCCGCACAUCCAUCUAUUUCCAUACACAGCGUGCGUGACCAGUUUUCAAGCCAUCGAAUCCACUACCAUGGCGACCAAUGAGGACACCAAACAGCCCGAUAUAGGCAGGGUCGAAGCCGACUUUGGAGUGGGCUCCACCACCAACGCUGUCGACUUGAACGACAAAGCAUUGGAGAAGCGCGUCGUCCGCAAGAUCGACACAUGGGUUUUGCCUUUUAUUUGCAUUUCAUAUCUCAUCAAUUUCCUCGACAGAGUCAAUCUUGGAAAUGCCCGAACACUCAACAAUGAUACCCCACAAUUCAACAUCGUCAAGGAGCUCGGCCUCACUGGAAAUCGCUACAACAUCGCCGUCGCGGUCUUCUUCGUACCAUAUGUCAUCUUCGAGGCUCCAAGCAAUUUCGCAAUGAAAUAUUUCACCCCCUCAGUAUGGAUCGGUCGCAUCAUGAUCAGCUGGGGUAUCAUCACGAUCUGCACAUCUGCCGUCAAAAGCUUCGGAGGACUGCUUGCAGUGCGAUUCUUCCUUGGUGUUGCUGAAGCCGGUUUCUUCCCUGGUGUCGUCAUGUAUCUCUGCUACUGGUACAAGCCGUCGGAGCGAGCGACACGUCUCGCUAUUUUUGCCGGCUCGGUUGCGGUCGCGGGAGCUUUCAGUGGCCUCCUGGCAACGGGUAUCUCUUUCUUGAACGGAAAGGCAAACUUGGCUGGAUGGCAGUGGCUAUUCAUUCUGACCGGUAUUCCUGCAGUGAUAUUCGGAGCCAUCGUCUGGAUUUUCAUGCCCAACUUCCCUCAGGACGCUAAGUUCUUCACAGAGGAAGAGCGUGCCUUCGCAAUCGCACGAAUGGGACCGUUCGCGCCGAACAAGGAAGAUAAAACAUUCGAUGCGAAGACCGCGAAAGAGACUCUCUUCAACCCACUGUUUUGGGUGUAUGCCGUCAGCUACUUCUUCAUGGUGAACAGCCUCAACGCCUUCAGCUAUUUCUCGCCGACCAUUAUUGCCAACCUUGGAUUCAAGGGUUACACCGCACAGCUGCUUACUGUUCCUCCAAACGUAUUUGCUCUGCUCAUGAUCUUGGGCAACUGCCUGCACUCCGACUACUCCAAGGAACGUAUACGCCAUGCUCUUGGUGCGUUGGUACUUGUCGGAACGGGAUAUCUCUUGCUCGCCCUUCUCACCAACUGGAUUGGUCGAUACAUUGCUGUCUUCCUCAUCGCAUGCACCAACGCCGCCGUCAUGCCCUUCCUCGCCCAUCGAACGGCAACAGUCUCGGGUUCGACUGCGACUGCUCUUGCAACAGGUGUGACGAUUGCAUUUUCCAACUGCGGUGGUAUCAGCGCACCUUUCUUGUUCCCGUCCACUACCGGACCAAACUACGCCAUGGGCAACUGGACUGUCUUCGGCAUGCUAUGCGCGACAUUCUUGAUGACCAUCUACCUCGGCUUCCGCCUUGGAACUAGCUCCGAGUAUCGCGAUUUCGCCCCAGGUGCAGCAGAGCAGUUGGCCCGCAGUGCCGAUUUGGAUGGCAAGGUGGCCGACCAGGCCAGAGACUCAGCAGAGUAUCCUCCAGCUGCGGCCAACGCCGAAGGUCCUGGUGCGAAGAUGUAAAUGUAAAUAGCGUUAGAUUCACGAUCUUAUAUGAUCAAGCGUUUCGAAAUAGACUUUUGUCAAUCCACC